CAGAUGACGACUCGUCUAAAAACGGCAAAUUCGACAAAACAGUUUAAACAAUUUUAAAGGAAAGACAAAAUUUUAUUGUGAUUACUUUAACUCGAUUAUAACAAUUAUAAAUUUAGUUAGAAAUUGAAUUGACACAAGACAAAAAUCGAAAUAUUAUACUGAAAAUUACAAUCUCGUCUAAAAACGGCCGAUGGAAGAGUGUAUAUAGUGUAAUAUGUCCGUCUCGUUUUGUUCUUUUUGUCCUCUCAUUCAUUCUCUCACUUUGUCAAAAAAUAGGGUGACUGUCAGUUCGAUCGCGCCGUCCAUGCUUUGACGUUUUAAUUGUGCAGUGAAAAAAAUGGCUGGUAAUUUUUGGCAGAGUUCUCACAAUCAGCAAUGGAUUCUGGACAAGCAGGACCUUAUACGGGAGAGACAGUAUGACUUGCAGAUCCUGACAGAAGAUGAGUAUCAGAAAAUAUUCAUCUUCUUUUCGAAUCUCAUACAAAUCUUGGGCGAAACGCUAAAGAUACGACAGCAGGUUAUUGCCACGGCGACUGUAUAUUUUAAGAGAUUUUAUGCAAGAAAUUCCCUAAAAUGCAUUGAUCCGUUGUUACUGGCCCCAACCUGCAUCUUCUUGGCAUCAAAAGUGGAAGAAUUUGGUGUAAUUUCCAAUUCUCGACUCAUUUCAACAUGCCAAACAGUUGUGAAAAACAAGUUCAGUUUUGCAUAUCACCAAGAGUUCCCGUAUCGAACAAAUCACAUCCUUGAGUGUGAAUUUUAUCUGUUGGAAAACUUGGAUUGCUGCCUGAUUGUCUACCAACCUUAUCGACCUCUUCUGCAACUUAUUCAGGACAUUGGACAAGAAGAACAAUUGCUAACACUCACUUGGCGGAUCAUCAAUGAUUCUUUGCGUACUGAUGUCAGUCUUCUCUACCCACCCUAUCAGAUUGCAAUUGGAUGCCUUCAAAUUGCUUGCGUGAUUCUUCAGAAGGAGCUGAAAGUAUGGUUUGCUGAACUCAAUGUGAACAUGGACAAGGUGCAAGAGAUUGCUCGAAUUAUAGUUAAUUUAUUUGAGCUGUGGAAGAGCUAUGACGAAAAAAAGGAGAUACAAGAACUGCUGAAUAAGAUGCCAAAACCAAAACCUCCACCACAGAGAUAAGAUAUGAAUUUAGAUUUUGUAUUAUUUUUUAGUAAUUUCAAUAUUGAAUGAUACAAAUGAAAUGCAUUAGAGAAAUUUACUUGAUCCAGCUGAAAAUCUAGUAUCUAGGAGCUGUGAUUUCUUAAU